GAAAGAGACAAGUUGCGUUCUUUCUCUCUUCUCUCUCUCUUUGGUGCCUUUAAUUAUUCCUUUUUCUAUUAUUUAGUUUAACAGUCCUCUAUUUCAUUCUUACCUGUUCAAUCAGAUAUCAUUAGAAUUUGGAUUAUGUAGCUUAAUUUCUUAAUAAUGACAACGCAAAUAACCAGAACUCCGACCACAACUUGGUCGACGCUUUUCCCAGCCGAGCAGAAUACCGUGGCUCAGUCGGCUCUCUUUGUGAAGAAACUGCUCGCUGUCGGACUCUCCUCCAUCACGUACUUGAGGACUCUCUUCCCGGAGGGGGCUUACAGUGACCGCGACCUCGAUGGACUGAAGCUGAAAAUGCUCCAAGACAACUCAGAUUGCCAAGGGGCCAACACACUCAUCUCUUGGAUCAAGAGUGCUUUUCAAGCCCUGGACAAGCAGUAUCUGCAGCAGCUGACUUUAACUUUGCACACCAAUCCAAAGGAAUAUAAAAAAGCCAUUGAGUCCUAUACGUAUAAGAUCUCGUAUAGCAAAGACAAGGAAGCUUUCAUCAGUGAGCUAGUUACCAAGAUAGACUCAAUUGAGAAGAAGUAUGAUGUAAGAAGGUCGACUCAAAAGAUGCUACGUACAGUCCUCCUCCUCACUCAGUCCCUCAAACCACUGCCAAGCAAAGUCUUUCUUACCAUGCAGCUACACUACUAUGAUGAUGUCACACCCCCUGAGUAUGAGCCAGUGGGAUUUAAGCCCGCAGCACCCACAGACAGCCACAGCCUUGGUGACCCAGUUACAAUAAAGGUUGGGGAUGUCUGUACACCUUUCCAUACUGUCAGGCUUCGGGUAACUGUGAACAAAGCCGUUUAUUCUGAUGAAGAGCAGAACAUCACGGUAACUGAAGACAAGGAGAAUCCCCAGGCAGGGAAUGAACAGGCAGAAUCAUCUGGGCUAGAGAAUGCAGAGAAUCCUCUGCCUUCUAGUGAUCCUGUUAUCAUCCGGUGCCAUAAGCGCUCCAAAAAGCACUUUGCUGACCUUGUUCCACAGUCAGGUCACAACCUGCAAGAAAUAAUACCCCCCAAGGAUGACCAAGCAUCAAGCAUGUGUUUUGGCCAAGAUUCCACUAGUGCUGAUCCCCAGCUAAGGUCUGAAAGCACUUAUCAGGAUGACUGUGUGCCAAGUAUCACUCCUGUAUCCAAGUCCUGCUCAGUGGCACAGGCUGUUUCAACUGAGAGUGGUGAGGAAGUACAGAUUGUCCCUGAGGUUGAACCAAAGGAGGACCAGGAAAGGUGUACCAGUGUUCGAAGAAGUCGCCGCUUGCUCUCCCUCUCUGCUGUCACCCCCACUGCAUCAGCCAGUGGUCAGAGUCACACAUCAACCAUGAAAGAUGAUGAAGAGCCUGUGAAGUGUGAAUGUGGGGUGCACCGAGAUGAUGGCCUCAUGAUACUAUGCGAUAUCUGCAAAAUGUGGCAGCAUGCCUUGUGCUUUAAAUUGUCAAAGAAGGAUGAGGUUCCUGAGCGGCAUGUGUGCCUGCAGUGCUCUAUCACCUCAGGCUUGCCUUGUACUGAUUCCUCCUUUAGGGACAUGACCAAGGAGAAGAUCCAGCAGGUAUGCCUUCUCCGUCGUGCUUUGGAAUUCCUAAAGGGCUACAAUGCCUGUGUGACAGUCACCAAAUUGGGCCAGCGCCUUGGAGUGGACAUUUCACAUGCCCAGAAGCUCAUGGAACAAUUGGAUGCCAUGAUGGUCUUUGAGGAUAGAAGGAAAAGGAGGCCUCGAAUGGUAAACAAAGCCAAAAUAAAUUCUGCAUAUUCAGAAUACUUUGGCAGUCAGUCAGUGCGUAUGGAAGGAGAAUUUGAAGAUACACAGGUGCUACAGACACCAAGGCAAACACACCAAGAGGUAGGCUGGGAUUCUGAUAUAACACCAGACCUCAACCUGCCAAUACAAGUUUUAGACAGUGAAAUAGAGAGCUUGCACGAUACUCCUACCCCUGACUCUCAGGCCACACAGGUUGUAGCAGACACGGACAGCCAGAGGACCACCCAGUUCAUGAAAGAGCCCCAAAGGGAAGGACUUCUCUACACACAGGAAGGGGAAGGUGUAGAUAGCACUCAGGAUGUCCCAGUUGGAACACAGAAGAUUAUUACUCUAGGGACUGGUUUGGAUGAGACUUACAGCAAUUACAGCCCAGGCGGUGCAUCUCAGGCCUUUGCAACUGCUGGGAACACUGUUGCAACAUUAGGGGAAGAAGUAGAAGAAAUGACCAACAUCUGUUCUAAUCCUUUUGACAGCACUACUGUAGCUGAUGCAGACACAGUACGAGUCAGCACAAGCAGUUGCAAUGAGACAUCAAUGACUAACACAUUUGUCACAGAACCAGCCAACACAAGUCAGGAACACACUGCAGUGAAUCCAGGAAAGUCUGCUGCACUUGUUUUUGAGUCGGCCGACAUUCAAGAAUUACCUGGUACCUCAAACCUCCAGGAGAUCCAGUCACAGGUGAAUAUUGAACCGUUACAAGUGGCAUGUAGUAGUGUAGAGUUACAUGUUGAAAAUCCUGCAUCGCGUAGGGCUCUAAUGACCCGGAGCAGCAGACUGUCACGAAACAAGGCCAAACUUCCAGUUACAAUGAACCUGAAUGACUUUGAAAUCAGCAGCUCCCAGGGUUCCCCAACGCCAGAGCAUCACCAGAAGGGAAAGAGAGCCAAGAUUUUGUAACCAAAUACGUGAAGAUUUUGGAAAGAAUGAAUACACAGCUUUAGGGCCAAGAAAUCAAGUUCAGUUUAAUUUUUAAAGAUGCUGUUUUCUUUGCCAGGAUUUUGCUUAUAUUUCCAAUUACAGUAUCAUUUAUUUUGGAAGGGAAAUUGUUAGAACUCAUGAAUGCAGGACAAAUUUACAAUUUAGUUUUGAGACUAUGUCAGUUAAAUCUAAGGAAUGUUUGCUGAAAAUUACUUUCAGGCUGUUAUUCAGUGGUGGAAUUUUAGUGUAAAAUUUCAGGUUUAAGUUUAAAAUGGUGAAAGAGAACUCUUAGCGUUUUUGUUUUUUUCUUGAAUAUGUGUAUUAGCUUAUCUCCUUGAAAAGUCUUUAGUCUUUGCUUUUAAAGUUUCAGCUGGUUUUAUCAGUAUUUAGUUAGCCUUACUCUGUCAGUCAAGAAAAGCAUAUUAUUUAGUGUUCUGAUGGUAGAACGAAUUUUAUUUCUUAACACAAAUUAUCUUAUUCUUUAAUGAAUGUAUAAAUUAGGAAAACAGUCAUAGCACCUAUAAUAUAGGAAAAAAAGUAAAUUUGAUCUUUUGUCUAACAUUUGAGUUUACAACAGAUUCUUUCUUUAUUAAACUGAAAAUUAGGCUAAUACAUUGAUAAUAAGUAGUGGAAUUUUCUUAAUAUAAUAUAUUUAGAAAUAAAACAAUGGUCUUUCUAAGAUGAUAUUAACUGUGAGCUGUUAGAUUAUGGCUGAACUAUUCUUAGUAAAAUGCAUUAUGUAACAGCAAUGCAUUGAUAUGAGGCUUGUGUAAGUCGCUGUAAAUAACUGAAAAUACAUUAUUCUUAUAAUUUCUUUUUCUUUUUGACUUUCCUCAAUUUACAAAGAUCCCAAAAAGGUAGAGGUA